AUGUCUGUUUGUGGUGUUGUUCUGAUGCCUUCAGGCCACUGCACACAGGUGGAUGUCAAUGUUAAUGAGCUAAGUUCUCUAGAACGUGAAUUCAAUCAUUUAGAUGAAUCGCGUUCAUGGAGUCUAUUCUAUGAGCAAAUACAAAACUCGGCCACUAUUGAAAGCUCAAAGCUAAGCUUGUCAGCUGCAACUGAAUCCGAAAACAGGUGGAAAAAUAGAUACAGAGAUAUUAUUCCUUAUGAUGAAACCCGCGUUCUUUUACAGAGUGAAUCAACAGGAGAUUAUAUUAACGCAAAUUAUGUCAAAGUUAAUGAAGUUCCCUCCCGCCGUUAUAUUCUCACACAGGGUCCCCUUCCUCAAACUGUCGUUCACUUUUGGCAGAUGGUUUUAGAACAAAAAUCUUCUGUAAUAAUUAUGCUUAAUCGUUUUACUGAGAAAGGCACAAUCAAAUGCUUUAAUUACUUCCCUCUAAACCCCCAACAAACCCUCACUUUUCCCGAAUCAACAUUUUCAGUAACUUGUAUUUCUGAAGAGAACAAGGGAUUCUAUGCCAUUCGAACGUUGGAAGUGGUUAAUUCUGAUACUAAUGAGACUCAUAGAAUUCAGCAUUUCCACUACACACGUUGGCCAGAUUUUGGAGUUCCUGACUAUCCGAGCAGUAUGUUGAAUCUUCUGUGGGAUGUUCGACGGACAGGUGCAUUGGAUGAUCCUGACCAUCCAUCCAUUGUUCACUGUAGUGCUGGAGUUGGACGUUCUGGAACCUUCGUGUUGAUUGACCUCGCACUAACCAUGGUUCGUUUUAUUUUGUUUGAUUUCACUUAUUUUAAGUCUAUUUCGAUUUAUGUUUUUUUUUAA